AUGCCACCUAAAAGGAGGAAACUUUUGGGACGGCGCACGGCAGCUGCCUCCGCUGCUAGAGCAGCGAGGGCGAGUGAAACUCCUGAACAGACUUCUUUGUGUCUUUCACGGAAGGCCUCGAGCUCAGCUGCUCGCUUAUCUACAGAAAGCGCCGCUGCGCAGACUGAAAGGUUGGCUUCAGUAGCUUCAACCAUGUUCACACGCCGCGCCAGGCUUUCAGUUGAAUGUUCACUUCAGAAUUCACAGGACGCAUUCUGCGUGGCUAGGUUGAGGGCUUCACACUCCCCAGCACAGAAAACCCAUCGUCGUUUGCAGGAUACCACCGCCAAAGCUUGCUCCAGGGCGUCUCCCAGAGCCUUAGAAAGCCCUGCACAGACCACUGUUCGUCGGGUUAGAAAGACCCGUUCCACCGCGUCUGCCAGAGCCUUAGAAAGCCCUGCACAAACCACUGUUCGUCGCGUUAGAAAUGCCCGCUCUACUGCGUCUGCCAGAGCCAUAGAAAGCCCUGCACAAACCACUGUUCGUCGCAUUAGAAAUGCCCACUCUACUGCGUUUGCCAGGGCUGCAGAAAACUCUGAAGCAAGCUGCGAUUCCAUGUCGACCUCAAAGACGGUCUUCUGUAGGACUUACUACGCCUACAUGUUUAUGAUUAGGGAGGGUGAAUUUAACCAUUUGAACAGGUGCCGUCAAAUAUUUCUUCAAUUCGCUGUUGAUAUGGGUGCAAAAAUUGAGUCGGAGAGGUUAGGAUUCAUCAAGUUAAACCAAUCCAAACUUAGAACCGACUCUUAUAUUCACCUUCGUGAUGGUCUGCGUUCUGAUGGUGACCCACGCAAUCUCGGCAAACCGUGCAUUUUGCCUUCCUCUUACACUGGUGGCCCUCGAUACAUGCAUGAAAGGACACAAGACGCAAUGACCUAUGUCCGUCAUUACGGGAGGCCUGAUUUGUUCGUCACGUUCACGUGCAAUCCGAAAUGGGUUGAAAUCACACGCGAACUUUUUCAAGGUGAAAAGUACUCACAUCGCCCUGACUUAAUUGCCCGCGUUUUCCGGUUACAGCUGUGUAAGGUUAUGGAUUUAAUCCUUAAAGGGCAAGUCUUCGGACGCGGUAAGUAUCAUAUGUAUACAGUGGAAUGGCAGAAACGCGGUUUGCCUCAUGCCCACAUUCUGCUGUGGCUCAACGAUAAGGUUGACGCAAACAAAAUAGAUGAUUUUAUUUCAGCUGAAAUUCCGGAUCCUGUGCUGGAUCCUUUGCUCCACGAAAUCAUUAAAAACAAUAUGAUACACGGCCCCUGUGGCGCAAAUUACGAAAAAAGGUCAUGUUGGUCAAGUGGUCCCACUUGCGCAAAGGGUCACCCCCGUAAGUUUAUCUCAGAAACGCAAACUGCGACGGAUGGUUACCCACUGUACAGACGUAGAAGCCCCGCUGAGGUUGACAGAACUAAUUUUUCUUUCUUUCUUUCUUUUAAUAGCUUUCAUUGUUUUUCUGUUUCUAAUUCUUUCUUUUUUAUUCUCACAUUUCAUAAACUGCUUUCUUGCGUUUUUUCUUUCUUUUAUUUUUCUACUUCCUUUCUUUCCAUAUUAAUCUUCUCCUCUUUCUUUAAUUCUUUUUCUCUUAAAUUCUUUUCAUUUUUAUUUCUUUUUAUCAUGUCUUUUUCGUUUAUUCUUUUUUUUUUCAAUCCUUCUCUUCAUUUAUUUCCUUUAUUCUUUCUUUUCUUUCUUUCUCUUGAUAUUCUACUUUUGUUCUUUUUUACAUUCUUCUUUCUUUCUUCUUUUCUUUCUUCUUUUCUUUGCUUUUUCUUUCCUUUCGCAUAA